AUGGGAGUAAUGGGGAGAAUAUUCAACAAGAUACAUGGGUUGAAGCCGGCGAUGAUGAUGGUGACAGUUCAGAUUUCACUGGCAGGAGUGAAUGUUUUCUAUAAAUUGGCUGCAAAUGAUGGAAUGAGCUUGAGGGUUUUGGUUGCCUAUAGAUUCUUAUUUGCUGCUGCUACUGUUGUUCCUCUUGCUCUUGUUGUCGAAAGGAAGAAGAGACCAAAAUUGACAUUGAUGGUGCUCUGGCAAUCAUUUCUUUGUGCGUUAUUCGGGGGAACAAUAACUCAAAAUUUAUACGCCCAGAGCUUGGUCUUAACCUCAGCAACGUUUACUUCAGCUAUGACUAAUAUUAUUCCGGCCAUCACCUUCAUUAUGGCCAUAUUCUUUGGGUUGGAGAGGCUGAACUUGGGUGCAACGGCAGGCAAAGCAAAGGUUGUGGGAACAGUAUUGGGCAUAGUUGGGGCAAUGCUCCUCACAUUUUACAAAGGGAUUGAGAUUAACCUUGGGUCAAUACAUGUUGACCUUUUGCAUGAGAGUCAACAUCAGGGUGUACACGUGGCAACAUCACACCAGAAGUCUAUUAAUCACAUCUUAGGUCCUUUAUUGGCAUUAGCCAGUUGCUUCUCUUAUACAUUUGCUUUGAUAGUUCAGGCUAAGAUGAGUCAGAAGUACCCUUAUCAUUACUCUAGUACUGCUCUGAUUUCUGUGAUGGGGUCACUUCAAUCCGUUGUUUUUGCACUUUGUAUGGAGAGAGACUGGAAUCAAUGGAAGCUGGGAUGGAACAUCAGACUCCUUUCAGUAGUUUACUCAGGAGCCAUUGCCUCAGGAUUGAUGGUUACGUUCAUUAUGUGGUGUGUGCGCAUGAGAGGUCCUCUAUUUGUUUCUGUUUUCAACCCUCUAAUGCUUGUUCUCGUGGCAAUUGCUGGGUGUUUCUUGUUGAAUGAGAAGUUACAUUUGGGAAGCGUGUUAGGAGCUAUGAUCAUAGUAUGCGGAUUAUACGUGGUGCUAUGGGGAAAAGGCAAGGAGAUGAAAAGGAUUGCUCAACUGAUGCCAUCAAAGGGCUCUAGAGAAACCGAACAACAAACUGAUGGCGCGGUUGCCUUCCCUGUCGAAAAUAACAAGAGCAUCAACAGUAGCAACAUAAUGGGGAUCGCUCCAAAUUUCCUCCUAACAACAGCUAAUCAUGAUUUAGACUGUGUAGAAGAAGAACAGGAUGAAGAAGAAGAAGAAGGGAAGUUCAACCUUAGUGUGAAUGUCUAA